AUGGAUGACAACUGGGGCGAUGCGGACAAUCAGCAGCGAGGUAUCUCUGAAGAGCUUCCCCGAGUGGCGGUGCUGCCGAGACACAUUCGGUACCGUAGCUUCCUUGGACCCGCCCUCGAUAGUCGUGUGCGCUGGACCGGUACUGACGCUGACUUUUUCCCUCACAAGCGACGCCGCUAUGAGGAAACGACAGACAACUCAGACGUGGUGACACCACUGCCGCGUGUGUUGAACGAUUCCUUCGACAUCGCCGCCCGACAGCUUGCCACCUAUUAUUGGCUUUCUCAACCCCAUAGCGUACCGGAGAUGUGCGCGCGGUUUGCACUGGAUCGCCGGCUUGGGGUACGACAAAGCCUCUCAGCGAUCAAUCGCGCGGUGCGAACGCUCAGCCGUGAUGGUCACGUAGAUGCAAUUUUGGACAUCAUGGAGGACCUGAUCCUGGCGCGGGACCCCCUCGCGCUGAGCACCGUGUUGGAGGUCCUCAGCGCCCUGCAGGCCCAGCCGGCACGGGCGGUGCGGGUGGCACUGCUGUUACAGACAAAGCUGCGCACGGGCACGGCCAUCCCGGCAGCGGUGUGGCAGCGGCUCAUCUCAGACUUCGCGCGAAGCUCCCAAGGGCUCCCAAAGCCGCUUGACGACCACUUCAUGGGGUUGCUGGAGAGUGUUAUGUGUAUGGUACGCUGGGAUAGCAAAUACCUCAGUGAAGAGUUAAUAGUCGAAUUCGGGAAGUGCUUGCUAGAUAGCCGAAAGCCUCUGUAUUCUGCCAUGAAACUCGUUCAGGAAGAAUUGUUGAGUGGACGGAAUCAAAGCAUUGCUGGAUCAUGCACUUUGCAGCUAAGCGCCUUUUUGACCGAUUUACUAACCGCGCUCUGUAGUUCCACCGCACGUGCAAUUUACGACGCCAAAGGGACGUCACCUGAUCCCGCAAAGCUUCUGAGUUUACUAGUUUUUAGCGGCGAUGUGGUGAAGUACGUCUAUGCGCAAAAGAUUCAGCUUGCACCAAAGGCGUUUGACUCAGUCUUGCGGCUGUGCGAUGCAUGUCACGAUUACCACCGUCUAUAUAUACUGUUUGUCUCUAUGUGUGUUUUAUCCGUCCCAACGUUGUCUGCGCUGCUGCGAGUAAUUGAGGUGGUCAACGCCAUACCGGGUAUCGCAUCAAGGCUCAGUACCACGCUUCGUUACAAGCCGCAGGAUAUCUUUGUGUGGUGUCUGGAACAUUUUGAAUCCAUUUUGGCACCUUCAAGAGCCAGCACGGUCGACACGGCACUCUCGUCUCUUUGUAGCGCCCUCGGUACGUGCUUGUCUGACUCUGAUGCCGAUGCAGGAAAGCUAAUUGGGGUAUUUCAUACAAUAUUGAAACGAUCUGCCCAUCCCCGGUAUAGCGCCGUAUUGCUCAGCUAUUAUUUAGCUAGCCGCCGACAGCGGCAUUCCCCUUCUGCUAAUAUCAAACUUAUUCAAUUAAUGGAGUCUAUAAAUCAGAUGGCGACCAUGGUAGCGCUCUCUCAGGAGAGAAAUGUCGCCCUCAGUGCGCAGUCCAACUAUUGUUAUAAUCGAACCUUUCUUGAUGCGUCCCUUCGCUGUUUCUCAAGCAGUCGAGACGGUAGCUUUAUUUCCAUUGACGCUGUUCUCGUUUCUGCUCUCUCGUCUGCACCGCAAGCACACUUCAGUGUAUUGGACGCCAGUAUUUUAAACUCUUUGGCCCAAAAUCCCCAUAUGGAGCAAGCUUUUGUAGGUAUGAUGAACACUUAUGUUAGUCAAGGUGGAGCACGGGUGAUUUUACCUCUUGAAGCCCUAAGUGAGCACUUUGGCGGGUUAUUACAGGGGGCAUUAACACUUGUGGGAAGCUGGGUCAUGGAGCAUGGUAGCUGGUUUGCCGUACUUCCACUGUCUCUUUCUAUUCAACUGGAAGGAAGCAAUUGCACAGCGAUCACCUGUAAUUUGUUUCACUGGCUGCGGCGGGUUGGACACCAAAAGGUUGCCUUCAUGUGUAGUGAUCCCCAUGUGGCUGAGAUAGUUAAGUCUGAAGGGAUAUGGCCGGUGAUUUUAUUGGAAGACCUACUCCAACGCCUUCACAAGCGAUCAGGUCAAUAA